AUGUUUUUUGUCAUUGUAGAGUCGAACAUAACUGUGUAUGAUCGUCAGCUGGUACCUGUCAUGAAUGGCAUAGCUGAAGCCUAUGAGAAUGCUGUAAAUUCAUAUACUCGUCGAUCUAUACUAUCAAUUGUAGCACCUAAAAUAAAUUUCUCAAUUAUACAAUCAUUUAUACCGAACAUUACUUAUUACCGAUUUGUUGCCGCUCGAUUACAUGCUACGAGGGCGGGUUCAGGUGCAUUGAUUGAACGUCCUCCUCGUGUUGUUUGUCGAUUCGAACCAGCGCAAGUUCAGCAUUUUAUCGAUUUUAUUUUGAGCAAUUAUGUAUGUACAGACAUUCCGUUUGGGGAGCGAACACUAACAUUAUCUGAUGGCACAAAGUUACAUGUUCCUGAUACAAUCAGAAAUUAUGAUUCCACACGGAUUAUAAUGCAAUAUUACAAGUAUACUACAGAAUAUUUUCCUGGAUUUUCUGUUCUGCAAGAAUCAAGUCUAUUUAAAAUUUUGUCUGAAUGCAAAGCAUCUACUAGAAGAGCAGUUAGCGGUUUAAAUUACUUUGCUGCCAACGGUAGUGAAGCAUUCGACAGAAUUAUAGAGUUAAUUAAUGAUCUUAAUAUUGAUGCAAAUGAACGUUCUCGUCUUGUCAAUAAUAUAAGAAAAGGCAAACAAUAUUUGAAAACGGACUUCAAAACCAAUGUAGCACGUACAUCAAGUGUUCCUGAUCAUUGUAUAUGUUUUUCGCUCAGUGAUCCUACGUCCAAUGCUUUUUCAAUGUCAUGUUCUGAUCAUAAACAUGAUCAAGUAUGUUCUGAGUGCUUUUAUCUCGCACAAGCAUUGCAAGAUAGCAGUCAAGCAAUCGAAAACAGUAUAAAUGACGAAGAAGAAGUUAAACGAACAAUGUACAAGUUUACUCUUGCUUAUGAUGCUAUUCAAGCUUGGAAAUCCCAUCAGUUACGGUCUGUUAAUCAAGAUCUCGGAAGGGAAUGCAUUUUAGAUGUUUUGGGUGAAGAUACAAUCUACUUGAAUUUAGAUUUUGCCAUGAAGUAAAUAUAACUGAUCUUCUUAUCCUUGUUUUUUUAAAUAGCUAUAUUUCGUAACCUUUGUUGCUCUUGGGGAGAUUUAUUUCAAAGGUGUUAAAUAUAACGAUUUAUAACAUUGAAUAAUGUCUACUAAAAUUCGCAUUUGUAUACUAUAGAACAGGA